GACAAGAGCGUGCAAAAUCCUCUCGGACCCUUCGCACCCCGGUCACCGGCUCUUCCAGCUCCUUCCCUCAGAUUUUCCAGCCUCGUGACCGCAAACCUCCCUCACUUCCAGCAUGUACACUUUCCACCUGCUGCCCGCUGGAUAUCGACGGUGAUCAGAGGAAGACGAGCAGCUGCUGUUUGAGUUUGCGGAGCCAUGAGGGAGUUCCUGUUCUUCCUCCUGGCUGUGUCAGUCGCAUCCUCCCAGUCUCACAUCGACUGGUGUGAGCUGGGUUGUGACUGUCAUGGGGAUCUGAGGUUCGCCAUCUGUUCACGAGCCUUCUUCACUCAGCUGCCUGGCAGAAUCCCGUCCACCACAGAGCUGCUGGACUUGUCCGACAACCGGAUUGCCAUCAUCCUUGAGCAGUCUUUCAACAAGAACCGCAAACUGCGUGUGCUCCUUUUGCAGAACAACAACAUAAGUGUGGUGCAGGAUGGUGCCUUCUCACAGCUGGAGUUCCUGCAGAAGCUAGACUUAAGCGGGAACCGGAUCUCCACCCUAGGCAAAGGCUUCUCAGUUGGUUUGGCCUUCCUACGGGAACUACAGUUGGCCCACAACUCACUGAGUAGCCUGGACAGUAGCAGCUUCAUGCACCUGGACAGCCUGCAGAGGUUGAACCUGAGCGGCAACAGCAUCCGCACCAUCCAGGUCAGAUCAUUUGCCUCCAUGAGCAGCUUGCGUCAUCUGCACUUGGAGGGCAACCGACUGACGUCUCUGAAAAGCGGGAUCUUCUCCAUGCUGCGCUCACUGGAGCGCCUCAACCUGGCCGGAAACCACAUCAACGAGACACAGGUGGGCGUCUUCAAACCCCUCACCAGCAUGACCCUCCUCAACCUGACCCACAACCGGCUGACCAGCGUAUAUUUCAAGACCUUCCUGAGCAUCCACACCUACAGCACUCAUAUCCUGCUGGAGGGAAAUCCCUGGAAUUGUGAUUGUGACCUGCAAAGAGUUUUUCGGAAGCUGCGGAGCAUCCAGAGACUCUUCCUGGACGAUUACUUCAAUUUGACGUGUGGGAAGCCCGCAGUGCUGCGCAACUACCGGUUGACCCAGGUGGACACAGAACUAUGCAUCGCUGAGACUGUCACCGUACUCAUCAUAACCGUCACUCUCGUCAUAACGGUGCUGGCUGCCAUGCUCAUGGGAGAGAGGAAGAGAAAAAGGAAGAAGAGAAGGAACCACUGGACACAGCAGGGAGAACUGUCAGACGAGUCAGACUGCUGACUUUGCAAUUUUUUUUUUUACAUUUUUCAAUUUUCCUUUAUAGUGAUACCUUGACUUACGAGUGCCCCAACUUACAGGUUUUUCAAGUUACAAGUUGUCGGUCGAUUUAUUUGUUAUUAAAUUAAAUGUGUUAUUUUUUUUCGUUUGACACAUUUUGAGAUACGAGCGAGCUUCAGCGACGCCGCCGCUCCAGUGAAGUGAAAAAAAUUGGUUUGCAGUAGUUGUGGCUGUAGUUCAGUGCCCGAGUGAUGUUAGCAACAGUGGUGGCAGUAUCGUUAUCUAUUAUCGUAGCCCACAGCGUUGAAUUUAGUGGUGCUAUUUGCAGUAAUGGUGGCAGUUCGGGUGUGAGGUAGCGUUAGAUGAGUCAAGUCGUUAAAUAGAUGUAUAGCGAGGGUCCACCGGGAGCUUGGUUGUUUGGUGUCAGUCCGCCCUGGAUGGUUGUUUUUGUCAGUGUUGUGCUGGAGGGGCUAGCAGCUAUCAGCAAUUCAUAAAAAUGUAAAGUAGUAAUCCAAGAAUCUUGACUGAUACAGUGAGUCAACUGGAAACCAUGUUGUAGUGGAAGGUAACCACUAAAUGACCAGGAAUAAAGGAAAAGAGUUGACAGCGUCAAUAAGCCCGAAUAGUGUAACGUACUCUUGUUCUUGUGACUUUUGGCUGUUCCCAGCGUUUAGUGUUGAUGCCAUCGGUUUCUUGCACAUAGGCCUACUUAGAAUCGAUAGUCUAUCACCUUGAGUAUCAUUAUGCGAUGCUUGUCAUAUGGUGUGGAUCUGUGGAAGUGGUAUGUCAGCACAGGUAGUAAAAUCAGCUGUUGACGGCGGAAAUGGUUGAUUGAUCUGUGAGAGAGUGGACAGAGAAGUCCGACCUUUUGCCUACCACAGUUGAUAUCCCUAAUGGAAGGCUAAUGGAACAAUAAUCAACGUAUCAUCAUCAGUCAUCGUAUUGGAAUGCAUUGGAUUAGUUAUUAGUUAUACUAUUAUUAGUUAUAAUAUCACCAUCUUGUUUGCUUUUAACGGCGAAUAAAUCUACAACUGUACGAAGAAGUACUUUUGGAUUGGUUAUAGAACCAGUUUAUUUAUUUUUUUUCUCAUUAUGUUUUAUUAUCAAAUUUUGAUAGUUUUUGUUGGCUGGAACAGAUUAUUGGCGUUUAAUUUCAUUUAAACGGUGAACAUGUAUUUUAUGUACACUGAUUCCUCCACUUUCGAGUGACCAAACACAAUUUUUUUCGAGAUACAAGCCAUGGCUCAGCUCUGUGUGUGUGUGUGCGUGUGUGUGUGUGUGUGUGUGUGUGUGUGUGUGUGUUUGUGUGUGUGUGUGUGUGUGUGUUGCAAACAAUGAUUUGAGUUACAACCGCUAGAUAGCGGCAGCAAACUUUACAAGUAGCAGUAUGGCAAAUAGUGAAAAAUUCUUCAAAAAAGAUGCUUGAUUAAAACUUCACCUGUAUUGCCACUCCCAAUUGAAGUUUACUGUAAAUGUAAACAUAAAACAAAAAGAGAUUCAACCAACAUAACAUAACUUUACUUUAUGCAAAUCUGUUAGCACAAUGGUAACACAACAUGCAAAGUUCCAUACACGCAUACACUAACAAAACUACCAUGGGUCUUGUGGUACUUUUAAACCUUUAAACAACAGCUAUUAAAUACAAACAGUGCAGCAACACAUGUAGCCGGGAAAUGUAACAAUAUGCACAGGCAUAUAUUCUUAAUGCUUGCGAUGUAGUUUAGUCUUCUUUGUGGUUCACUAUCAAAUUUACCUGUAUGACACUGUCCCCUGUUGGCCCAGAGGGAGCCAAACAAUGUCCAUGGGAUUAAAGCAUUAAAAAUUAGAUCUGAAACGGUUUAAUUGUUUUUACAUUGUAUUUAUUUGUAUUAUAACUGUAUGUUUUUAGACAGUAAAAUAAUGUACAAUGCUAUUUUUCUUAUGAAACAAUAUGUUAAAAAAUAAUUACUCUUUUUUUAUGGCAUUUCCUUUCAUUUUACUGGUGGAAGAUGACAUGAGAUGCAAGUGUUUUGAGCUAUGAGUGUUGCCUCGGAAUGAAUUAAACCUGCAAGUCAAGGUACCACUGUAGUUUUGUAAUCUUGCACCAACGAGCUGAUCCUCUUCUUCUUUGCUGCUUCAUUCUUAUUAAGACCCGUUUAUUGCUACACUAAAAAACAUCAUUAUCUCAUUAUUGUAAUUUAUGUGUCGCACAGAGACUUUCACCCUUUAUUUUGCAGUGUUGAAUCAUGAUAAAGUGAAAGCUGUUGUUCAUGUUGUUUGAAAAAUAAAAGUGUGUGGCAUGAAUGCUGCCCCUCACGCUGUCCAGCUGCCAUGUGUCAACCGUCGAGACCUUCAAGUUCCUGGGAAUUACAGUCUCUCAGGACCUGAAGUGGGCGAUCAACAUCAACUCCGUCCUUAGAAAGGCCAGCAGAGGAUGUACUUCCUGCGACCGCAGGAGCUGCUGAGGCAGUUCUACACAGCGGUCAUAGAAUCAGUCCUGUGUUCUUCCAUCACAGUCUGGUUUGGUGCUGCUCCAAAAAAGGACAAACUCCGACUGCAACGGACAAUCAAAACUGCUGAAAAGAUUGUCGGUACCCCCCUACGCACCCUUGAGGACUUGCACGCUGCCAGAACUAGGACAAGAGCGUGCAAUAUCCUCUCGGACCCUCCACAUACCGGUCACCAGCUCUUCCAGCUCCUUCCCUCAGGUAGGCGCUACCAUCCAUCCAUU